UAAAUUUAGCUUGAAGACACCAAUUUAAUGCAUUUAUGUCAUUUAUAAUAAUUCUCCAGUCCGAAAAUGUAUGUGAGAGUUAAAAAAACUGGUUCUGUUGUCAAGAUGAACCACACUGAUCGAUAUUUUCGAAAGUGUAGAUGCUCCGACUAUUAAAAUCUACCUUUGUACCUUGUACAGCAACAAUUAUUAAAUUCCAAAGAUAGUUGACAAUUUUUUAACAGUUUCAUUGUAAAUAAUACCCCCAUUGUGUCUAAAAUAUUCAGUGUUUAUCUGCUAGUGCGGUGAUUUUACGUGAGGUUAUGAACAUUGUAAUUAUUUAAUAAUAUUUAUCUAAAUGAUAAACGAUAUAUAAGAUCAUGAAAACAACAAAUUUUUUCGCAAUAAUUUCCACUGACUGUAAUGCAACAAAAAUUCGAUGGACUACGUGAAAUUCAACAAAGUACAACGAUGAAAUCUGUGUAUAAAUUGUUUUUUCUGUGCCUUAUCUUCACAGUACUGAUAAUAUUACUUAAUUUAACAAAUUUCUCCAAUAAAGUUUACGAUGCACCUACCAAAGAAACCAUUGCUGUUUCUACAACUGUUAAAAAGUUUCAACCACCCUUCAUAAUGGGAGAAGUGACAAUUUGCGUGGUAGUUUGUGGAGAUAGAGUAGAUGAGGCAUUAACCAUGCUCAAGUCUGCCAUAGUUUUUACACAUAGAUCUUUGCAGUUUGUUAUUCUGGCAGAGACUAGUUUAAUUCCUGCUUUUAAUGAGAAAUUAGCAGAAUGGAAGCUUCUCUCAAACAAGACUUUUGAUUUCGUUGUCAAGCCUAUUACAUUUCCUGAAGGCAGUGACGCAGCUAUGUGGAAGAAAUUAUUCAAACCUUGUGCAGCUCAACGGCUAUUUCUUCCGUCAGUAUUAAAUGAUAUAGAUGCUGUUCUUUAUGUGGACACGGAUACACUAUUCUUAGCUCCACCAGAAAAAAUCUGGGAUGAGUUCAAGAAAAUGAAUUCUAGCCAACUAGCAGCUCUAAGUCCGGAACAUGAAGAUCCCAAUACAGGAUGGUACAACAGAUUUGCCAAACAUCCUUAUUAUGGAAAGCUGGGUGUGAAUUCCGGAGUAAUGUUAAUGAAUCUGACGAGGAUGAGAGAAUUCAGAUGGAUACAGUAUGUGAUACCAAUUCACAAGGAAUAUAAAUUGAAGAUAACGUGGGGAGAUCAAGAUAUAAUAAACAUUAUAUUCCAUUACCAUCCUGAAAAGCUGUAUGUCUACUCUUGUAGAUACAAUUACAGACCCGAUCAUUGCAUGUAUAUGCCUGUCUGUACAAAGGCAGAGAAAGAAGGUGCUUUGGUUUUACAUGGUUCUAGAGGCACUUUCCAUUCUCAAAAGCAGCCUCCUUUUAAGGCAAUUUAUAGAGCCAUGCAAGAAUAUCAGUUGAAUACAGAUCCCUAUGAUUAUUUAUUAGUGCCAAUGAGAAAUUAUUUAGCCUUGGAGCAUAAGUCAAAUUGUGGCAAAGUGUGGAAAGUAUUUAUUAUCCAACCUGAGUUACACUUAGGACAACAAUAAUAUUUAAACGUAUCUUCUAACAUACAAAGAAAAAAACAUAAUCAAUAUAGUACUUCCUCUUCAACCUGUCAUUAAAACAAACUGCUACACGAUAUUUAACACACAGUACAAUAUGAACAAUUCUAUCCAUAUGUAAGCUCACUAUGUUCCAUAGUGCAUCCUGAUAUUAUUUGUUAACAAGUGCGCUGUGAUUGUUACUAUUUAACAUAAAAAUGAAAAACAGGACCAUGUUAUUAUAAUUAUUAGCUAAGAUGAUUUCGAUAAUACUCUUUGAAUGUAGCUUUAGGUGAAAUUUUUAGAAUUAUUUUGUAUACUUAAAACUCGAUGUAAGUCACUUCUACGAAAUGUUUACUAUCAUUAAGUGAAACGUAUAUUGUUCAAAAAUGUUUUUAUAAAAAUCGUACGCGACGGCAUUACUUCGAAUGCAAAAUACUUUUGUACACUUCGUUAUUUUAUUAUCCCGUAAUAUAUGUUCUUGUGAUACUUUUUUUACAUUAAAUAAAAAGAAUCGUUUAAACCUAACAGAGUGCCAUUCUACCAACGAACGGAGUCACGAUAACACGCGCUAUAGUAGUCUGACUUUUUGAAGAGAGGGGGUCAUUACGUUGAAAGGGUCCCGAAUAAGGGAGCUGCAGUGCGGAGAUACGCUCUUACGAGUUACGGUCACUCGCGUGAAAUUGUGUUUCCAAGUAUCUUAAUAUUGUAUUUCCUUCCUUCUUUCGUUGCGAAUUUCAACAAUUGUUCAACUUACUUGGAAGAUCCCGGUAUGAGAUCAACCAUCUAUAAGAAGCUUUAAAACGAGAAAGAGAAGGAAGAUGGUAUCUAUGAUCUGCAAUGAGGCACGACGUAUAACCAAUGAAUUAGCGUCCUGAUAACGAUUACAUGGGCGUUAUUAAAACUGAUAAGAAUAAAUUAUAGAUCAGGUAAAUCGAGAAAUGGUACACGUCAGACAUGAAGAGCUUUGAUGUUUCUUUUCCAUGUUAAUUUCCACUCACGCCCGCACGGUAACGUCGUUCUCUACUUCGUCCCAGAGCAAAGAGGUAAAGAUGCCGUUGUUCAAAACGCGUCCCGCCCCCAGGUCCCCUACGUCGGAAAAACUUCUAAAUGGUACAUCUCAUUACCAUAAUAAUCAUAAUCAACCAAACGGUAACGAGAAUGAUCAAAAAGACUCUGAAGGGACGUGCAACCAGCAACAGAAUGGCAAUCAAGAGCAACGGCGAAGACUGCACAGGUCUCCUCCAAUCUUUCAUUGUCAACUAGCUCACGGAAGUCCUACAGGAUUAAUAUCGGGAUUCAACAAUGUACGAGAACUUUAUCAGAAAAUAGCUGAUUGCUAUGACAUACCAAUGGAAGAAGAAGGCCUAAAGAGAUAGAACUGGUGAAAACGAACGAGUCCCUCGGUUUAACUAUAACUGACAACGGUGCUGGCUGCGCCUUCAUAAAACGAAUCAAAGAAGGCUCGACAAUCGACAAAAUAAAAGUAAUCGAGGUUGGAGAUCAUUUGGAGAAGAUCAACUCAACUAGUCUAAUUGGCAAACGUCAUUUUGAAGUGGCAAAAAUGUUAAAAGAGAUUUCUAUGGGUGAAACAUUCACCUUGAGACUUGUAGAACCAUUGAAAAAUGGUUUUGCUAAUAUUGGUCCACGAGGAGACAUGAGGAAGGGAAAGAAAUCCAGUUAUGGAACUGGAAAGGAAACACUCAGGUUCAAAGCUGAUGGAAGUGCCCAGAUUAUACAAGAACUACUCAAAUUUGGGAGCUUGCAGAGGGCAAGCGUAACAGCAGUGAAUUUGCAGAAGCAAUUGACAAUUCGGAUUUAGAAGCUUUUGGAUUCACAGAUGACUUUGUUAUCGAGUUAUGGGGUGCCGUGACUGAUGCCAGAGCUGGAAGACAUCGAUAAUGCCGCCGAUUAUAUGCCAAUUAAUAGGACCAAAUGAAGAAAGGAAAACCAUUUCCUUUAUUAUGAGCUUAAAAUCUGUGCUAUAGAAAUGUGGUAUAUUUAAUAAUUGAACUGUAAAUUAUUUGUAGGAAUUAGUAUUUUGAAUUUGUACAAUUUAUACUAUAAAUUUAUACAUAUUUAAAAUAAAAAUAAAAAAUAUAUUUGAAAGAA